AACAGUGAAUUGUAAUACAUUUAGGUACAUAAUUGAGAGGCUUUUAAAUAAGAGUCCAAAUGAAUGUAACAAUAUUGUUAUGUCGGGUGUGUUUGCCAUUUCACAAAGUUAAUUGAGCAACAUGCAGUUGGCAAUAAAAAUGUGCAGUACGUGUAUAUUGUGAUUCGUUUACGUAAUGGGGAAACGAGUGUCCGAGAGCGAGUGUAGUGGUGCGUGUAAGUGGUCUAGAUAGCCCCUCCCCUCCCCCUGCCGGCUGCGAGAGAGACCUUUCUCCGCUAGCCUGCCAGUGACACAGUGACCGUGUUACCGCAGGGCCUAUGCCAUGCACCAGUACGGUGUCGUCGUGCCGCUACUGGCCGUGUUGUGUCUGAUACCACCGUUACAAGCGCAAACCACAAGCGCCGACUCGAAUCUGUCGUUUGCUGAAAACGUCUACAUUAAACUAUCCGGUGCAUGUAGAGCAAUUAUGGAUCUUCGGUACAGUUCGAUGAAUGUGAAUAAUGAACUAGUUAAAAUAAUGAAAAUUGUUUGGCUCAAUGGGAACGAGAUGAAGACAUAUCCAAUCGAUCAAUCGUUCAAAGCCUUGACAACGGGUUUAAUGUUUGAUAUCACUAAACAGACCAAGGUAAUCAUCCACGGCUAUAGAGAUAGCUCUCAGUCUCAAGUGCCACUAGACAUGGCUAGAGCGUACAAUGAAAAAGCUAUGUUUAAUGUUAUAAUGGUCGACGCAGAAGAACUGAUUAAUAAGGGUUAUAUAUUUUCUGUACACAACUCUCGUUUGGUUGGAAAACGGCUCGCUAAUCUUUUGGCCAAUUUGGAAAAGUUCGGAGCUAAUUCGGAGGAUUUUCAUCUUCUCGGCAUCAGUCUUGGGGCGCACAUCGCCGGAUGGGCGGGGAAGUAUUUUCGACGGUACAAAGGCCGUAAUUUGGGCCGCAUUACUGGAUUAGAUCCAGCCGGCCCAUGCUUCACGUACGCUUAUGCUGACCAGAGAUUGGACAAAUUGGACGCGAACUAUGUUGACGUGGUGCAUUCAAAUAGACUAGUACAAGGUGUAAUCGAACCGCUGGGUCACGCAGACUUUUAUGUUAAUGGCGGAGGCCCGAACCAACCAGGCUGUAUGUCACCGUCGUGCAGCCAUUUGCGCGCGGCUCAACUAUACACAGAAAGUAUCAGAAGCCCAAAAACUAUAGUUGGAGUUAAAUGUGUAAACUGGCAAUCUUUUAUAGUCAACAAAUGCGAGGAUAAUGAUUUCGCAGUGCUAGGUUACGGAUCAUCGUCCACAACUCGCGGUUUGUACUACCUGCGAACCUCCGCUAGUGCUCCCUUUGGACUCGGUAUGAGUGGAGCUAAAAAUGUAAAAGUGAAGGAAGAUACUUGGUUAGCAAGUUUAAAUUUAACAUAAUUUCGGUUGACUGGUGGUUCAGGUUUGUUAAAAUCUGCUGUAUGUUGUUGCCAUAUUGUUUUUAAAUGUUGAUUUACUUAUCAAAAAAACUUUUUUAAUACUAA